AAGCGAAGAAGAAAAAGAGGGAGAAGGAGGGCAAACACGCAAGUCAGUCCAGAACAGUUCAGACCAGUUGAGACAGCCAUGUUCAGGCCUCUGAAGAUCCUCCUCUCUUCUACAAAAUACCCUCUGACCCGCUGCUGCUCUGGCUUCGUCUCCAGGAUGAGGUAUGUGAACAGGCUCAAGGAGGAUGAUGAAGCAUGUGUUGCAGCACUACAGAACGCUCACAUUUUCCUGUUCCAUCGUCUGUCUCCUCUUCUGCAACGCACAAAGCAGGGAACCUUCAGACCAGCAGCACUGAUGUCCUCAGAUGUUCAGUUGAUCUUGGAAAGACUCGGUUCAGAUAGACCCCUGCUGAAGGAGUCGGUUCUGAUUGGCUGCUCUGAACAGAACCAGGCUCAGUUCUGUCUGGAUGUUGGAGACCUGGAUCAGGCAGCAGUAGAGGAAGUUUGUGAAGGAAAUUUUAUUGAUCUGAGGAAAGCUUUCUUUCUUCUGACGGGAUCAGAGGCACCUCUAGUGGCCAAGGCUCAGGCUCUGCUGCGGUGGCAUCAAACCAGCGGCUUCUGCAGCGCCACAGGCCAGCCGACCCACCGCAACCAGGCAGGAAGUCAGAGAGUCUGCAGCAGCAGCGGCAUCAUCUACUAUCCCAAGAUGUCUCCGGUGGUGAUUGUCCUGGUGUCUGAUGGGAAACGGUGUUUGUUGGGCCGACAGUCGUCCUUCCCUCGAGGGAUGUACAGCGCUUUGGCCGGUUUCUGUGACAUGGGUGAGACUCUGGAGGAGACUCUCAGCAGGGAGUUGGCAGAGGAGGUUGGUCUGGAGGUCCACAGCAUCUCCUACAGCUCCUCGCAGCAUUGGCCUUUUCCACACAGCUCCCUAAUGCUGGGCUGCCACGCCUCGGUUAGCCCCGCCCACACUCAGUUAUACGUUAACCACACAGAGCUGGAGGACGCUCGCUGGUUCAGUGUGGAGGAAAUCAGCUCCGCCCUGCAGGUGAAGACUCCGCCCCGGAGAGGUGACCCCCCUGUCCUCUGGCUUCCUCCAAAACACGCCAUCGCUAACCGCCUUAUCAUGGAGUGGAUGUACCGCCAGCGACGUGGUGAGGAAGGACAGUAACAUCCUAACUGAAGAUAUCCAGCAGUCAUCCAGAUGGAGAGUUUAGAGUCUGCGACCUCAGUCAGGACUGGAGGUCAUGUGAUGUCCCUGCAGCUGUGAGUCUGUUGCCAAACAUAUGGAGCAAAAAUCACAUUGAAUCAUCUCAUACAGGAUUUCAAACCUCCACAGGUGGAGUGGAGAAGGGAGACAGGUGCAUGCAGGUGUAAGAACAACAGGAAGUCAGUAACUGUAGUUUGUCAGAGGGUGGAACUGCAGCGGUGACACAGCUGUGACCUCACUUCCUGUGAGAUCAUUAUCUCUGAUGAUCCCGAAUAAACCUCCAGAAUCCACUCAGAGAAGAAGACUCUUCAGACCUGGGAAUCCUUCUGUUUUUAGUUUCUUCAGGAUCACAGUGAUCCAGUAACAGUAAUCUCUGCUAACAGGAGUUAAAGCUAAAUAAAAGAUGUGAUGUGUGUCAGUGAAAUUUAUCAUGUUCAUCAACCAGUAAAACUUCACAGCAACGUGAAAGACGGACAAAUGAACUAACGACUGUUUGAUUGCAAACUUUUAUCUAGCAGAAACACACACUUUUGCUCGAUUGGUGAGUUUCCUCCAUUAGCCAAUCAUAUCUCUUG